CCUUGUGAGAUGUCGCUGAACUCAGUCACCAUUUUCAGUGUUUCAUACAAAAUACGACAUCAAUCUGCACACUGAUAUCGCCCGACACCACCCCCCCUGCAGAUAUCCCUGAUCUGUAGUUGAGCUCUGCAUGCAGUAGUCAUGGCCACCGAUGACACAUUAGUACAGGAUGCGCCAGCUCAGCAGAUCACUUCGAAACCCGAUGAGUCCGACAGCAAGGCAUCUCCCAACCCUCAGAAGCGGAAGGCAUCUUCACCUGCACCCCACCAUGGUAACGACGACUCACAGUCACCCAAGCGCCAACGCCGCGAGUCGGAGGCAACCCGUAAUGGCGCGGCUAGAUCACCGCCUGCGCCGGCAGCGCCCCUCGAUCGUCGACAGGGUGCUACCGUGGAAGAGAAGAAGCGAGGAAAGCGCUUGUUCGGCGGUCUACUGAACACCCUUAGUCGAACCAACGAUAGCUCCUCUCAGCGGAGAAGGAGCGAGAUCGAGCGCAAGCAGCAAGCAAAGGUAUCACAGCAGAAGGCCGAGGAUGACAAGCACCGCGAGGCGAGACUAGCAAAGCUCAAAGCUGCGCGACAGCGGGAUCAGAUUGAAUGGGAGGAACAAGUCAUGCGAACAAAACACGGCCAUUUACUUGACACGGCUCGUUUUCUGCAGACAAGAUCAGAACCCAGGAUAUACUAUCUUCCUUGGGAUCUUACGGAAGAUCAAGAAGAUCUCAUCAAGGACCAGGUCCACGAUGCAGAAGACUUGACCGAGAGAGAAACCCGUGAGUUCAAGCAAAGGAAAGACCAGAGACUGACAGCCCUUGGUAUUUCUGUAAAGCCAAUCGCUGAGCCCGACACUGCCCCGCAAAUACCACCGUCCCAUGGAGAGCACGUUUCCGAGGAUGUGGAGAAGACACCGGGUAAAGUUGACGCGGAUGCCUUGCCCUCUGACCCUUCGCAACCUCAAAACACCACCGAGAGUACUAAUGGAAACGAUUCCGAGCACACCAGCAAGGCUGGUCAACAUCAGGAUAAGGAUGCUGAUGAGGCCGGAGACGUCAUGGUAGAAGGUGACGAGGAUACUGUAAUCUAUUGAAUUUUGAGCCCAAUCCUUUAGGUAGGCUCGCGAUACCCAGUUUUGCUCUUGUGGCUCAUGAUGGUCAUGUAAGUUGGCAGAUCAGUCUCUUAGUCGGCAACAUAUAGUAAUGAUAUAAUGACAACCGUUGUGUGUGCGCUUCAUGAUAGUAAAAAAAAGAAAAAGUCCCUGUUUUGUUCAAGUAAUACGAAAUGUAAGGGAAUAAGGUUAUGUCC